AUGAAGGCUGACAAAUAUAUAGAAGUAAUAGAAUCAAUUCACCCAAUCGAAUCGGAUUACGAAUCUGAGGACGACAUCCUAAGCAUUCCACAACGCAGAGAAUCAAUUGCAGAUGCCAAAAAAGAAAGCGCUAUGGCACUAGAUAGUGCUACAGAAGGAAACAGAGAUACACCAUUUUGGUUAGUACUCAUUGGGAAAAGCGAAUCUGAUGAAAAAAUGGAAUCCGAGCUGCAAACUCUGUAUUGGGAUAUUAUUUAUGUAGUCAUACUUGGCUUGAGCUUCGUAGUGUUGCUUGUGGCAUUACACACUCUUAUUCUGGACCUUCGUCCCAAAGAUGAGUAA